AUGGUCACUUUCAACCUGAGCAGCUACAACCCAGGGCCCUUCAUUCUGGUGGGCAUUCCAGGCUUGGAGAAGUUCCACGUGUGGAUCGGCAUUCCCUUCUGUUGUGUCUACAUUGUAGGUGUCAUAGGAAACUGCCUCCUUCUUUACCUCAUCGCCGUGGAGCGCAGUCUUCAUGAGCCCAUGUUCUUCUUUCUCUCCAUGCUUGCCACGACCGAUCUCAUCUUGUCCACAGCUGGUGUGCCUAAAACACUCAGUAUCUUUUGGCUGGAAGCCCGAGAAAUCACCUUCCCAGGAUGCCUUACCCAGAUGUUCUUCCUUCACUACAGCUUUGUCCUCGAUUCAGCCAUCUUGAUGGCUAUGGCAUUUGACCGCUAUGUGGCCAUAUGUUCCCCUCUGAGAUACACCACUAUCCUGACACCCAAGACUAUCAUCAAGAUUGCUGUGGGAAUCUCCUUUAGAAGCUUCUGCAUCAUCUUGCCGGAUGUAUUCUUGCUGACACGGCUGCCUUUCUGCAGGACACGUACCAUCCCUCAUACAUAUUGUGAGCAUAUAGGUGUUGCUAGGCUUGCUUGUGCUGAUAUCUCCAUCAACAUCUGGUAUGGCUUUUGUGUUCCUAUUAUGACAGUAAUUUCCGAUGUAAUUCUAAUUGCCAUUUCCUAUACCCUCAUCCUUUGUGCUGUCUUUCGUCUCCCUUCCAAAGAUGCCCGCCAGAAGGCCCUUGGCACUUGUGGUUCUCAUGUCUGUGUCAUUCUCAUGUUUUAUACUCCUGCCUUUUUCUCCAUCCUUGCUCACCGCUUUGGACACAAUGUCUCUCUCACUUUCCACAUCAUGUUUGCCAACCUCUACAUUGUUAUCCCACCUGCACUCAAUCCCAUUGUUUAUGGAGUAAAGACAAAGCAGAUCAGAGAUAAGGUCAUUCUCUUGUUUUCUGCAAAGGAUGUGGAAUGAUGGUCUACU